AUGGCUGAAGAAGUAAUACACAACCUGGGAAGCUUGAAAUUAACUACAGAGGAGGAGGAAGUAAUAGCUAUUUCAGAUGAAGGCAGGCAGGAAGAGAUAGAAAGCUGCUCUCAAAGUUUAAUCGGUAAGCUUCUCACUUGCAAACCUUUCAAUAAGAGAGCAGCCCAAAGUACCCUAAAAAGAGCUUGGGGUUUGGAGAAUAAAGUCCAAGUAGUGGAGGUUGGAGCAAACCUUUUUCAAUUCAAAUUUCAGACUGAGUUUGAUAUGGAGAGGGUUCUAAGAGAUGGGCCAUGGACUUUUGAUAAUCAAAUCCUAUUAUUAGUUCGAUGGAAAGCUGGAAUGACUGCCGGUAAUGUUAAGUUUGAAUCAGCAUCCCUUUGGGUGCAAAUUUGGGGAGCACCGUUUGAUAUGGUCUCCCCAAAAGUAGCAGAGGAAAUAGGCAACCGGUUAGGUAUUGUGGAGGAAGUGGAGAAGAGAUCAAAACAGGACAUUCCUGGUUUUUUUAUGAGAGUUAAGGUGGCCAUUCCCUUAGCCAAACCCAUUCGGAGAGGAGCGUUUCUAGCUGAUUCAGGUGGACAAAGAAGCUAG